AUGAAGCUAGAUGAACUAUACACUGACAAGCAAUUGAUAUACAAUACACUCGUUUCACAAAUCUACAAGGCAAAACCCAAACAAAAGACAGCUCCAAAUGCAUCCACUUCGAAUUAUGUGUGUUUGAAGAUUGUUGAUGUUGAUUUCAAGAUCCCACCACAUUCAAUCAAACGAGAAAUAGUCACAAUCAAAUCUUUACAAGACCAUGAAGGGAUAGUGAAGUACAUUGAGGAUUUCCAAAUAUUCGAGGAUGUCGUCUUAGUAAUGGAUUACUAUCCUUUCAAUUUGAAUCAAUUGAUGCGGACUAAAAAGUAUUGUCGUAAACGUACACGAUACAAUUUGGACGCAAGUGGAGACGGAUCUGGAGAGUUGCAAUAUACCUUAUCCAACACAAUCUCCCAAUCAGAGGCAAGGCAAUUUGUGCAUAAUUUGAUAUCAGCAGUCAAAUUCAUCCACGGUAAUGAUAUCAUCCAUCGAGAUAUAAAACCAAACAAUAUUCUAUUCAUCAAUGAUGAAAUUACACGUCCUGUUGUUGCGGAUUUUGGUAUUUGUUAUAAUCUAUUGGAUCCGCCACUGGACGAACCUUUGAUGCAGAAAUAUACUGAUGUGUGUACUGGAAUAUACAAGGCGCCGGAAUUGUUGUUGAAUAUUACAAAUUACUCCACCGAGAUUGACAUAUGGUCGAUAGGGAUCAUCUUGACUAUAUUGUACUCGCCUGAUUUCAAGAGUAUAUUGGUACGAGAGGAUCAUAGCCACGGUGCUGAUGCUGAUGCUGAUGCUGAUGCUGAUGCUGAUGUAGAAGGCUUGAAUAAUGAAUCCGAAAUUAGUGAUUUACACUUGUUGAGUUGCAUUUUUAAAGUUUUCGGGACCCCAAGUUACAAUAAAGAUGAGGUACUGACGGAUGAGGAGGUACUGUUAAUGUACUGGCCUGAAUUGAGUAAUGAUGAUUUCCAUUUCAAAAAGUUCAACUUGAAAAGAUUCAAGAGAAUGAGUUUGCAAGAGUUGAUACCAAGAUGCGAGGACGAGGAGAUCAAACAGUUGUUUCAAAAAAUGACCCGGUACGAUAGAAAUCAAAGGCUGCUUGAGUAG